AUGGACGAGCUUGUGUCGCACCAUGGGCAGCCUCAGCCCCAGCAUCACCACCCACACCCACAGCCUCUGCCGUCCCCCUCAACACCAUCAGGCAAUGUGCUCACCCCGACCUGGCGGGGCAUGGUCAUGUCCACCAUCGACGCGCUCAAGGUUGUCGAGGCCUGUCUCACAGGCACUCUCAUGCACACCGCCCGUCGGCCACACGACAGAGAACGAGAACAUCUCAUCCGCAGCGGCAACGUGUUCGUCUAUGAGGAGUCCUCCUCCGGCAUCAAGCGCUGGACUGACGGACAGAAUUGGAGCCCCAGCAGGAUCCUGGGCAACUAUCUGAUCUACCGAGAGCUCGACAAGAGCUUCCCCUCUGGUGAUAAGAAGAGGGCUAUCAAGCGGAAGAGAGAGGGCAAGCCCGAUCUCCAGCAGAGCGGCCACCCCACCACCACCACUACCAACAGCACCACGCCUGAUGCGCCGACUUCUCUUAACGACGAGCGGGAGAGGGCGCUCCUGGGCUCCCUCGUCGACUCGUACCCUUUUAAGGAGGGUGGGCUAAUCAAGAAGACCAUCAGCAUCAAGUGGAACAACGUUAUGCACCACCUUGUCAGCUACUACUCCCUCGAGGACGCGAGGAACCAUAGGCUCCCCUUCCCCAGU